AAGCGCGCGCGGGUCCAGGGACUGGAGAGGCAGGUAAAGCCACUGAAGCACGCAGGUGGCCGGGAGAGCGGCCCGGAAAGGAGCAGCGAGGAGUUCGUACCCUGCAGGACAUGACACAAGUGGUACAUUACGGCCAUGGGGUCUCAGCAUUCUGCCUCUGCUCGCCCAACCUCCUGCAAGCGAAAGAAAGAAGAUGACAGGGAGGAUUUUUUGGCCGAACGAGAGCAGGAAGAAGCCAUUGCUCAGUUCCCAUAUGUGGAGUUCACUGGGAGAGAUAGCAUCACCUGCCUCACGUGCCAAGGGACAGGCUACAUUCCAACAGAGCAAGUAAAUGAGUUGGUAGCUUUGAUCCCACACAGUGAUCAGAGAUUGCGCCCUCAGAGAACUAAGCAGUAUGUCCUCCUGUCCAUCCUGCUCUGUCUCCUGGCAUCUGGUUUGGUGGUUUUCUUCCUGUUUCCACAUUCAGUCCUUGUGGACAAUGACGGCAUCAAAGUGGUGAAGGUCACAUUUAAUAAGCAGGAGUCCCUUGUAAUCCUCGCCAUUAUGGCCACCCUGAAAAUCAGGAACUCCAACUUCUACCCCGUGGCAGUGACCAGCCUGUCCAGCCAGGUUCAGUACGUGAACACAGUGGUUGGCACAUAUGUGACUUCUAACGUCUCCCUCAUUCCACCUCGGAGUGAGCAACUGGUGAAUUUUACCAUGAAGGCUGAGAUGGGAGGACCAUUUUCCUAUGUAUACUUCUUCUGCACAAUACCUGAAAUCCUGGUGCACAACAUAGUGAUCUUCAUUCGAACUUCAGUGAAGAUUUCAUACAUUGGCCACAUGACCCAGAGCUCCUUGGAGACACAUCAGUAUGUGGAUUGUGGAGUAAAUUCCACAGCUAUUUAGCAGCUGCUCUUGGUUCUUCCAUGGCAGCACCUGUAGAAGAGAGCACAGCAUUUGUUUCCAGGGCCUGAGUUGCCGAACUACCCCAGGUGGUACAAACAGAGUAGGAAUUGGUUCUCUUGACUCCCAACAAGCAUCCUCCUGCCACUUACGAGGAAACAUCUCUCUACAGCACCGUUUAUGUUUCUCAGAACCAGCAGAAUCACUGCCUAGUGCCUAGCCUGUGCCCAGCAAAUAGUAGGUACUCAAUAAAGCUUCGAAGAAUUCAGAUCUUUUCAGCUGUUCAUUGGGCAUUAUAAAUUGAAAUCAUAGCAUAAUUCUAUGUUAUCAGUACAUGGAGAUAGGACUGUUAGUGCAGCUGCAGACUGUUACUGGUGCCUCUUCUGUCCAGAAGUAGCAGCAGGGGGACUAUUUGAAUACCCAAAAGAAGAAAGCACAAACCCAUUCAAUAUGUGAAGGAGCUUUUUAAAAAGAAAAAAGAAAAAAAAGUGUUUUUUGUUUUUCCUGUAGAAAGUUACAAUUGUUUUUACAAAGAGUCUGUGUGGGGCUUGAUUUAUCUCUGUCCACUGGCUGGAACAUGGAUUGGGGAUUUGAUGGAAAAAUAAACCCUGCUUUUGAUUCA